AUGUCUGGAGAAAAGUCUAGUCAUGAUACUGCCCUAGAACUCUUGGAUAAGUAUAAUGGCUAUAGUGAUGAGUUCAUCGAAUUAUACAACUUAAAAACUUUUGACCAAGAAGAAAUUAACAAACUAUAUAAUGCAAUCAAAACCAAGUUGAUUGAUUCAAAGUUAUUCUUGCCCUCAGAAGUCAUAUUCCACAUAUUUGCUGCUAUGCCGUACAAUAUUCGCUAUUCCAGAUCGUAUUGGACCAUAUUCAAGAAGAUUUAUGAAGAGUACCACCCAGAUAAGAUCAAUAUUAUCCAUCCUAUAAUACACUACUUCUUUUACAAAGAAUAUGGAAUUAUUGUUCAUCAAAAGUUGAAACCUUUAUUUAGCUACUUCGAUAAAAUGCACUACACAUUAGAAGUUCAUGAGGAGAACACAUUAUAUCGAGCUAUUAUGGAAGAUGACAUUAAUGCAAUGAUUUCUUUCACAAAGAAGAAAGGAUUUGAUAAGAAUCAAGCAUUGUGUCAUGAAUAUUAUCCGGAAAGUCCUCUAUCUCUUCUUGAAUUAUGUUGUUAUCAUGGAUCUCUUCAGUGCUUUAAUUAUUUAAGAUCAGAAUUCAAAUCAAAGAUCACCAUGAAAUGUCUCCAUCUUGCAUGCUUAGGCGGAAAUAAGGAUAUCUUGACUGAAUGCAUGCAUGAAAGAAGACCAGAUUAA